GACGCCAAUUGACAGCUUCACGAACGGGAGAAUGAGUGGUAAGCCUAAGUCCAGCAUUGUGAUUUUUUCAUUUGAGAGAAUGCGAUUACAUGGUUGUAUAUUUUUCCAUGCUCUCCACAUAGCUAAAACUGGAUAUUAGGUAAUGGGACAGCUCUAACCGAUCUAAAUAUGGUAAAGCUAGCCCAAAUGUGGCUAAAUGAAUGAUAUGUUAUUGAUUUUUCAAAAUAAAUGACAAAACGAUUUUAUUUUCCAGGUGUUGCUGUAAACCGUCAAGUAAUUACCCUUCCAAGAGUAUGCCUUUGUCUUCAGGAGAUCCCAGACGUGAGAGCCAAACUUGAGGAGGCUGAAGCACUGACAGGGGUAUGAAUUACAUUAAAAAUAAAACCAUAAAUUGUAAACAACAUUGACACAUUUUGUUGACGGCUUAAUGUAUUCUACUGGUAUAUAAUAUAUUGUAAUUAUAUUACAUUCUGAAAAAAUAUUCAAUAGGCCACAAUAAUAAAUGAUACCAGAUUUAUGUUGAAUCAGCAUCAGCUUUCGCUGUCAGAUUGUGACACAACAUAUAAGCUAAGUUAUACCAAGCACACAUCAAAGAACAUAAAUUUAGUAAGCAACACAAAGUUAGGAUAGCAACGGACUAGCGCAACAUUGAAAAAUGAUAAUGGCAGUGGGAAAUAUGUAUUUACUCUUUUCUGUAGCAUUAAGUGUUCUCUAUACAAAGAUGAAGCAUUAUCAUUAAAAUAUGAAGGUAACUAGAUUUGUCUUUUUAAAAAUGUGUACUGUAUAUAUGACUAGUUUAUGAUUUCAUGUCAUCAAAAUUUGCUACAUUUAUUUUUCCUGAGUCAUCGUCAUCUGAUGUCGCAGACGGAAGAAAUUCAGCAUCUGGCAGGCCUCAUAGGAUCUCUUCAGUCGUCAUCGCUGGACACCACAUCACUUGGGUCAUCAUAUGACUCGACCCACUCUCUCUUGAUUUUGGGAAACUGGGUGGCGACUGACUUGCAACGCUUUUUUUCAUCGUGUUCAGCGUUUCCGCUGCUUAAUUUUUUAUGUUUGGCUUCCUGGAGAAAAAAAAAAAUCACAGCAGCAUGAUAAUAUUGGAUGAAUCCUAAUUUUAUUUUAAUAAUAAUUUCUUGGUGAUAAAAUAAUAAUGCCCCAGUCAAAGCAGCCAAGGACCUAUUUGGUGCUAUGGACAUUUGAAUUUACAUAAUACCUACUGAUAUAGUAAUAAAAUCACAUGAGUAGACCUGUCAGCAAACCUAUCUACUUAUGACAGGGCAACAGCAACAACAAAAAAAUGUCGCGCUUCAACAAACAGGCAGUAGGAGUCCCCCUCGUUUAUCAACAGAAGUGCAUCAAAUUUUAGAAUCAUAAAAGCCGUUAAGGGUCUCUACUUACGUCUUUGUAAAACCAAGGUUCCAGUUACAGGUUUUCAAAGCUGUCGUGGCUGAAAUGAUGAAAACAAUGAGCCGAUUGGGGACCUGUAUGCAUGCUCACAAAAACGGUCCAAACCUUUGCAGGAAAAGUUUUUUUUGGACCACUCAUAGAGUCUCGAGUCUUCCUGUGAGCAAUUCAUUGCUACACAUCGAGAUGGCAUGACGAAUUCCGCAAGUAAAACCAGAAAAUGUUUGCAAUAUAUGGCGUGGAUAGCGUGGUGCUAUAUUUCCAUGUUCAGAGUGGUGGCGAGGCUCCCUGGAAGUUACGUCAUCAGGUAGCGGUCGGCAGGGCGGCGCGUCCCUCGUUGCGAUGGUGUUGCUAUGGCCAUAACUCAAAAACUACGCGGUCAAUUAUUUUUUUUUUUUUUUUUAAUGUGACUUUUUGAGACAGCGAAUGAUGCAUUUAAUACAAUUCAACUGAGUAAAACUAGUGAUGCACGAUAAUGCAUUUUUCAACCGAAACCGAUAACCGAUAAUUUCCUCCUCAUUCCAACCGAUAACCGAUAAUGUCAAGCCGAUAAUUCUAUUAUAAGAUUUAUGUAAAAUUUUAAAGUAUACACAAAAGAAAAUAUUACUGUGCAAAAAUAUAAUUUAUUGCUCUUUUUUUCAACAUAAAGUAUGAACAAGUCGUCAAUUCAAACAUCUAAAUAAUGACAGAUUGUCUGACAUUGUGUAAUGGUAAACCUUUGGCAACAAUUACUUACAGAGUAAAUACCUAAAUUGCACAAAAAUGCGUUUAAAAGUAAGCCAUUCCUAACAUAUAUAACAUUAAUCCGCUGCAAAACACACCUCCUUAAAACUAGUCAGUUUUAAGUGUAAAUCUAUUGGCAAUAAGUGAAAUUAUCUGCGAUCGCUUCAAGUGUAUUUCGCUCAGAUUUCUUGGAAGAAAAAUAGCUAGCUAAAAAUAAUCUUAACAGCCUUGUUUUAAGCAAUACAUUAUUAUACUUAAUCCUAAAAAAAAAAAAAAAAAACUUGAAGAAGGAAAGAUUUUGAAUAAUAUUUGUGGCUACAGAAUAUUGAUUUAAGAAUUUGAUUAUCUACUGUGACUGUAAUUGAGCAGAGAAAUAAGUUAAAUAAUUUGAAAAGUGAUUGCUAAUGUUAUAUGCUUUGUUGCACACUGUGAAAAUGAUUACCUCAAAAGAGCGAGAUGUCAUGUACCCAUUCUGUAGCGCUUUGUUUACAUUUGCGGCUUUCACGACAUUUGCGUUACAGCAGCUAAACUGCUACACGACAGUACUAUUUGGACGGAGUUGGAGCUCGCAACCGCGUGCGUGUUGUUUUGUGCCUGAGUUUUAUUAAGCCGAAAAUAAAGGCAGCGUUACAAAGUCAUCUGACCGAUCGUCAUUUCACAUUCUGAAUGCAUUAUUGACUGGCUGACUUCGUUUUCUCCAUGUUUAAAUUAUCUUAUAACCACUGUGCCGUCAUGAUAAGCUUGCUUACCGGACAUCACUUUUUCAUGAAGAAUGGUGGUCGUAUAAACUGCAUUAUUUAUUUUAUCCAGGGCUUUGGUUCUCAGGUCAUUAAGGUAAAAAAAAAAAAAAACAUGUCUCGUCUCGGCGGCAGCGGCAGCUACAUUCGUACCGGAUAAUCCGCCCGCCCCGGCCGGUUCGCCGCGGAGUAUUCGGGUCCUGGCUCUGCUCGCACGCCGUGGGGGAACGCUCGAGAUACCGGGGUGUUCGCCGGAGGUCCAGAGGCCGGGGAACUGGGCUCGGCCCGCCCCGCCCCGCCUAUGGCGAGGCGGCGGCGGCUUGCCGGACUGGCCAGAGCGGCGGGCUCCGUCGGAAGACGGCUACUUGCCGACUAUCGGUCUCCAGUAGUGGCGGUGUUUAGCCUUAGAUGCGAAUUUACCACCCGCCUUGGGCUGCAUUCCCAAACAGCCCGACUCUGUAUCGUCACAAGCCCUGUAGUUUAACUUAGUGUUUACAAUAGCUUUAGCAUUCCUGCUUGCAGCAGCCUCGUAUUUGUUCCAAAAUUCUUUGUGAUGCAUUUUUAAAUGGCUGCUGGGUUAGUGGUUUUGAAUGAGGACGCGUUCUUUCUGCCUCGUGGAACUUCUAUGGUACAUGUUUCGCAGAUGGCGAGAGCGUCGUUUUUUUUAGUAACAGCCGCCAUAAUAUUCAACUACUUCUUGGGUUGAGGAGGCGGCUUGCUGAAUUCUUUGGUUGCACAUAUUUGGAGGCAAAAUCAAGUAUAUAAUUAUCGGAUUGCAUUAUCGGUUCAAUUUUUUUCUUAUCUGGAUUAUCUGUGUGACGUCAUAAUUGCCAUUAUCGGCCGAUAAUUAUCGGUGACCGAUAUUAUCGUGUAUCUUUAAGUAAAACACUCAAGAGUGAAAUCCGAAAAGCUCUUCAGUUGCCCUUUAAACACACACUCAGACAACUAGUUGUCUAAAGUGGACAUGAAUUAAAUAAAAUGAUUUCGGACAAAAGGCAGAUUCCAGGCUUCCUUGAUUGAAAGGCAAUAACACUUUGUGUUUUUGACUGAAAAACUAGUGCCAGAGCAGUGUAGCCAUGUGAUAACAAGUUGUGUGUGGAUUUUUUUUUUUUCGUUAUGAUUGUUCUCUCACAGGACACUUUUCCUAGCUCCGCCGGAUUAAGAUCGUCACCAAGUGAAAAAGAUUUAUUCUCCGAUCUGAUUGACAACUUCCUACAAGGUCUCAUCGACUCCUGCCAACUUGAGGCAUACAUACGCACUACGGAGUGUGACCCCCGUCAUGGUUACACCACAGCCCGCAGGCAUGCGUAUGCAGAGCUGCUCUCCCAUCAGGUGUAUUUGGACCUGAUGAGAUUGACUGACCACAUCAAAGAUUGUAGAGAAUUUUCUAGCUGUUACCUCACCGCUUUGGCACGGGAGCAAGUCGAACAGGAGGAACUGUGUGACACCUUGUCGAGGUUUUACAUCCUCAAAAGGUCAGAGAUGGAAGAGAUCCAAGCCUACGUUCUUCAGAGCGACCACCGGCGUCCACUUGUGCUGACUGGAGGUCCUUGUGCAGGGAAGUCAGUGCUGCUAGCUCACUGUGCUCACCAGAUGAAGUCCUGGCUGCAUGGCGUUGAUCCUGCUGUGAUUACCUUUUUCACCAGCUUUCCAUACCUCCCUUCCCCAGAACGCCUGCUGUCCAUCUUGAGUUAUCGAAUCCUCAGGAGUUAUGACCAUUCAUCAUAUUCACAGGAAACCUGCUUUGGAAUCAUGUCAGGCCAUCACCAAGAUGCUACGGAGCCCAAAGAUUUAAGUCAUCUGAACCUAAGCACCAUGUUUAAGGCAAUCAAAAACCCUGACAUCAGCCUAUAUGAAAGAACAGAACAUUUUUGCUCGCUUCUUUCAUCACUGCCCUCUUCCAAAAAACCACUAGUUCUGAUCCUGGAUGGUAUGGAUCAGUUGGGGCAGAACUUUGCUAUCCAAAUCAUCAAGAGCCUGCCCUCCCCUAUUCCUGCCACAGUCAAAAUCAUCCUAGGAAUCUCUUGCUACCAAACCCAACUAAUGCAGGUUAUCAAAAUACAAUACCCAGAGUGCAGUGCACCGCUCGGUGAGGAGCAGCUGGGCUCUGUGGAUCUACUGCUGGGCGUUGUAGACCGGAAGCAAUGUUUGGAGAUGCUAAUGUCACUGCUGAGCAACUCUGAGAGGAGCGUGACCUCAGGGCAGCUAGCACUGGUCAACCAGGCCCUGACUUCCUGUUGUCUCACCCUCUAUAUCCGGCUAUUACACUUUCACACAUCACUCUGGUGCUCAGAUGCAGAGGUGUCGCAUCUCCCUGACGGGGUCCACUCAUUUAUUGCUGCCCUGCUGGAUCACUUGGAGCAUAAAUUUUCUUCCUCUGUGGUGACUCGUGCCGUUUCUUACCUCAACCUCUCCAAAGUUGGGCUCACAGAGGCAGAACUUGCAGAUCUUUUAUCCAGAGCGCAUGCCAAUCAGGUCACACAAAUAGAUGUGGAGAGACUGCUUCUAGAUCUGAAGGACUUUCUCAUCAGAAGGACUGUCAUGGGAUGUCAUGUUUUAUCUUGGGUGAGCCGACAUUUUGGAAUUGUCGUGGCUAAGACUUAUUUAGACUCAUGUGAGGCCAGGAAGGAGAUUCAUUCAGAAAUGGCUGAUUAUUUUAUGAGUGGAUGGAAUGCAUGUCUUGAAAAAUCGAGCAAAGAUGAGGCCAGCAUGCAAAAAAUAGAGCAGCAGUCACUCUGGGACGCUCUCUGUGGGAGAGAAGCUGUGGAAAUGAUGCAUCACUUAGAAGAAAGCAAGAGAGUGGAGUUGAGAUAUAAUGUGUUGAUGUCAUGGAGGUUCCAGCAUGUUCUGGUGAAAGCUGGUCUCCUGGCAGAUCUAGUGACCAUGUUGAGGCAGGAAGAUGGAUCUUGGGCUAAUCAUAGGGUAUGUGCUCUUCUGGCAAGCAUACUGGCAUUCUCAUCGUGCUUCCUGCAAAGCUCCCCACUGGAGCUGCUUACCUUGAUGGAGACAAGCCUCCUCCCAUAUGUGGAGCUCUUUCCUGCACUUAGAGUUUAUGUCAAUGAGAUGAGAUUGGAAAGGAGGACAAGAAGCUGCAGAUUGGCAGUGGUGCUUUCUCCCGCUCCUGACACUGUCGCCCAUCUUCGCCAUCUCCAGUGUGACGGCGGACCGAAACGGCGCACGGUGAGCGCUGCAGGGACACAGCUUGGGUCACUCGCUAUUGUCAUGUGUGAUGGCUCUGCAUGGACAUGGGACGGCUCAGGCUUUGGUCUAGUACGACUUUCGCCGAGCUCUGAGCAGGAAAUCAAGUUUGUAGGGGUAAAAAGCAGCCAGCAAUUCGUCUUGUUUCGGACUCCAUGCAACAAACUGUUAUUGUGUGAUGUCACUGCUCCAGAAAUCCUUGAGGAGGUCAAAGCCUCACAAACAUUGAACAUGUUAGAAGGCUUUGUGGCGUUUGAGAAACAGUUUUGUGUGUGGUGGAAGCAGGACAACAUUGUUGGGCUGUUUGACGCCUCCAACAGAACUCUGACCAAUUUGCAGUGUCCAAGCUACGUAACCUGUGCGGUUUUCUGCUCUCAUGGUUCCUAUAUUUGUUGUGGCCAAGAGGAUGGCACUGUUUCUAUAUUUGACAUAGCCAGUCAUAGCCUCCGUUGCUCCUGUUCAAACUCAAACCAUAGUGCGAUUGUGUCGAUAAUCAUCUGUGAGGAUGAACAUGAAAUGGCGUGUGUUGAAAAGUCAGGAGGUAUAAAAUUAUGGAACAUUUCUGACAAAAUGCAAACGCCGAGACUUGUGAAAGAAGCCUCUGAUGGGAGCCAGUUCAAGAACAUGGUCAAUACUGAGUACUUGCCUGAAUUUAGUAGGUUAUUGGUAUGUCAUUGUAACCAGGUCACAGUGUGGGACACAUCUGAGUGGGAGAGGUACGACCACUUCUUGGCUCCGCAGGACCAAACAUUCGUUCAAGCUGUGUUCUCCCAGGAUGGACACCAUUGCCUGGCAUGCCUCGAGGCCUAUACCCUGGUGUUGGUGUGGAGGGUCCGCACAGGGCAGUGCAUUCUCUCCUUAGAUGCCAAAACCCAGCCUCAUACACUUCUCACAACCACCUCCGAUAUUGUUUGCGUCACUGACAAUGGCUGCCUUCUUGUUUGGGAUGCCCAAAUGGUUUUUGUUGCUGCUGAAGCUCCAAAAAUGAAAUGCGGGGUGAUGGAUGUGAUGGUUGAACAAACAGGUGGUUGGUUCUACACAGUAGAUGGGACAGACACAGUGUGGAGUUGGAGCUUAGAGACAGGUCUGCCCCAUGCAAACUUCCUGCAUGAUCGUCCUGUGAAAAGGAUACGUCUUAGUCAGGACGGCAAGACCCUUGUGACACUUUCGGAUGAAGAUAUAUACAUUUGGCAUACAGAUACGGGGCAGAAUCUACUACGUAUCGGUGGGAGCGGAGCUAAAGAUGUUCAUAUCACGCCCAAUUGUAAAUUUGGUGUAAGUAUUUGCGAGCAGGGACUGUCCCGGGUUUGGAAAAUGGUGCACGGGGGCGUUGUGUGCAGUAUUCACUUGUACCUUUCUGAUGCACAGGUGUCGCCUGAAAGCACCUUUCUCAUUGGCCUUCAUGGCAGAGACCUGUUGGCUGCCAGCCUGUGGUCGGGCAUAAUUAGCAAAAGCUUCCUGAGAGCAGAAAGCUCUGAAAAUGUUGUCGCUUUCCGCACACUUUCCCAACAUGCCGAUUUCGUGGCCGUGAUAGUAGCAUCAGGUGGGGUCUACACAUGGAAGAUGUCCGAUGACACAGUGUGCAGGCACUUUCAGCUGCCAGGAAUGUUUUACUGUCAGCCACAAAACUUUCAGAUGACAUCAAAUGGGAGCUUUGCAUUGUUGUCUAUCGAUCAUGAAGCUAUCACCCUCUUAGACGUGUCUCACGUCAGGUUGUGCUCAUUUAAAGCUGAGGGUUCUGUAAUAAAAGCCUGCAUGGAUGAAACUGGAUCUUAUAUUGCUUACAUAUCACAGCAAACAAGUCAAGAGAGUCAGAGAUGUGCCUGUCCUCAGCAUGCACAUCCCAUUCUCAAUGUGGUGCAACUCUCGGAUGGAAAGAGAGUUGGCAGGGUGUUUCUGGGUAAGGAUCCGUCGACUAUGCUUGUGAACGGACAGCAGUGUGUGUUUGUUGGGUUUCGGGAUGGGUCAGUAGGUGUGUAUUCUAUUUCUGGGUCCUUGACAGAUGUCGAGAAAGGCAGACGGUGCAGAAAAUUCAGGAGUCAUUUAAAGGACUGCUGUUCCUACUCAGUACCACUGAGGUGGGUUCCCCUAGAAACACCUAAUGUUAUAUGGCCUUGUAGCAUUGAUUGAUUAAAUAUGUAACACAGAUCAUAGAUUUGUAACCGAAGUUGUAAUUGUGUGACUCGAUUCACAAAUGCGUAACUAAAGUCAUGAAUGUGUACUUCAUGUGUUUUGUGAAUACCGGACUUGUGGAGUGAAUGUGGUUUUAUACAUAUGGUUCGACCCUGACCUGGACUAGGGAGAUCAGAUCAUGUCGUGCGGUGCGGUCCAAUGCAACACUCGUACAGCGCCACAGACUCCCACCCUCCUUCCUGCUAAGUAUUGUGACCAAACAACUGUUUUUUUUUUUUUGUCACCAGUGCAGCUGGCGUUUGGUACUUAAAGUUAACGAUGAUUGACAGGUUUGUAGCUUUGAUCUGGCCAGAGAACACUUGGUAGCUCUACGAUCAAAGGCACAAAUGUGUUAAGCAUCGUUAAGCUUGUUACUGUAAUGCGUGGCAGGGCAGGAUGCGUGCAUAAAAAGUAAAAAAGAGAGCGGACUUCCACUUAUACAUUAUUAUCACAAAAAAAAUAAUAAAUCCAGCCUGGAGUACAACGGUCCAUGUACACGCGGUCAUAAUUGACUUCAACAAAAAACGAGUAGCAAGAGAAGAAGAAAACGAACAUAAAUAAUCACGCAGGCCUGCCUGUUCAAUCACGUGGCGUAUUUAAGGCACCGUAAAAAAAGAAGUGUUUGACAUAGAGCACUGCCCUCAAGAUGACUCGAAAGCGCAGAUUUUUACCUCUCUCCCAGUUGUUAUUUGGCACCGAUUGACCACAGAAAACCGGAGAUAUGAUCUUUUUAAUUUCAUAAUAGGAACUAUAAAGGAACUAUUUAACUAUUCAAACUAGGAAAUAUUUUCUCCACUAGCGGGCACUCAUGCUCUUUGGAUGAAUGAUGCUUCAGUUCUGUUGAUUUUGUUUCUCUCGACAGAAUUAUCUUUUUUGUAUUUCUUUGGCAAAAAGUAAUGUUAAUGUAAUAGGUUAUAGUACAGUAUAAUCAGGGGUGAAGUGGCUAGAAUUUCUUGCCGGAACUCCCUGACAUAUAGUUCGGCACGGAGCCCUAACCUCCUAAAACCACCGAAAUGCUAAAACUGCUUUUGGUACAGUUAUAAAUAUAACACACAAUAAAACACAACAGGUUUCACACAUACAGUGGUUAGCAAGUUCCCCUCACAGUUCUGAGAUUCAAUCCCGGGCUCCGGCCUUCCAGUGUGGAGUUUGCAUGUCCUCCCCAUGCCUGCGUGGGUUUUCUCCUGGUACUCCGGUUUCCUCCCACAUCUCAAAAACAUGCAUGUUGGCUGAUCAAGCACUCUAAAUUGUCCCUAGGUAUGACUGUGUGCGCCUCCUUGUGCCCUGCGAUUGGCUGGCAACCGAUUCAGGGUGUACCCUGUAUACUGCCCAUACUGCAGUUAGCUGGGAUUGGCUCCAGCGCCCCCGUGACCUUCAUGAGAAUAAGCGGCUCAGAAAAUUAAUGAAUUAAUUAAUAGGUUUCACACGUGCAUUAGGCUGCUGCAUUACACUGGAAAAAGGCAUAUAUGAGAAACUGAUUUCCAUUCAAAAUUGUAUUUUUUCACUGAUUUACAAAAUUCCAUCUAAAACUCCAUCUAAUUUUUAUAUUUCCUCAAAUCUAAAAGCAAAACCUAAAUUUUAACUAUUCAAGAACAUAAGAUGUACUUUAAAAUUCAAGAUAAUAGAAACAAAUACUUUAAAAAAAAAAAAAAAAAGAUAUAAAUAACAUACAUUAAAAACUUCCAUUUUGGGAGUCCGAAGUCGAGGCAGCAAAAUACAAAACGGCUCGCAGAGGUGCACUUGACUUGCCUGGCGCCAUUACCCGUUGGCUCACAGACGCCCCCCUUCUGUGUGGCAGAGUACUAUCCGCCGCAACCUGAGCCUUUUUAGUGCAGUUUUAUUUCUCCUCACAGAAACUAAAUAUGUCACUAACAAACAUUAAACUUUAAGGGUUGAAGACAUCAGGAAAGGAAAGAAAAUCAGGUCAAAUAAACAUAUCUGCAAAUAUUAUGGCAACAUGCAGAUAGACGGCAACCAGUACGCCCCAAUUGCAUGUAUCGCAUCUAUGUACAGUGGGGCAAAUAAGUAUAUAGUCAAACACCAAUUGUGCAAGUUCUCCUCUUGAAAAGAUUAGAGAGGCCUGUAAUUGUCAACAUGGGUAAACCUCAACCAUGAGAGACAAUGUGGGAAAAAAAACAGAAAAUCACAUUGUUUGAUUUUUAAAUAAUUUUUUUCCAAAUUAGAGUGGAAAAUAAGUAUUUGGUCACCUACAAGCAAGCAAGAGUACUGGCUGUCAAAGAGGUCUAACUUCUUCUAACGAGGCUCCACUCGUUACCUGCAUUAAUGGCACCUGUUUUAACUCAUUAUCGGUAUAAAAGACACCUGUCCACAAUCUCAGUCAGUCACACUUCCAAACUCUGCUAUGGCUAAGACCGUGCUGUCGAAGGACACCAGAGACAAAAUUGUAGAACUGCACCAGGCUGGGAAGACUGAAUCUGCAAUAGGUAAAACGCUUGGUGUAAAGAAAUCAACUGUGGGAGCAAUUAUUAGAAAACAGAAGACAUACAAGACCACUCAUAAUCUCCCUCGAUCACCCCGUGGCGUCAAAAUGAUAACAAGAACGGUGAGUAAAAAUCCCAGGACCACACAGGGGGACCUAGUGAUUGACCUACAGCAGUGCUUCUCAAUUAUUUUCUGUUACGCCCCCCCAAAGAAGACGUAAAUGUUUCGCGCCCCCCAACUCUGCCGCCACUGUAAAUAGUGUCAUGUCUAUAAUAUGACUAUUAUAAGUACGCCGCUACCUAACAUUGUGUCCUUUUUUUCUAUUAAAGAAAAAAAGUAACAGAUCAACUUAUAAUAAAGUAUAACUUUAUUAAAAAAAAAAUUUUUGCCUGAAUUUAAAAAAAAAAAGUCACAUCCAAACUAAAAAUACACACAAGGUACAUUUUUGACCAUUGGAUACUGAAAAAUAAAAUGUAAUAAAAUCAGUAAACAAUAACUAAUUCAAAUUGAUUAGAAACAUUAACUAAUGAGGACAAUAUGCCAAAAAAUUUGACCGAAAAAACAAAACUGAAUAGAAGAAGGGGAAAAAAGUGUCUUUGGACAGAAGAAUAGUUUUUAUUUUCGCUGCUCACAGUAUCACCUCCUUACGUCCUUUGCAAUGGUGUGGGGUUUUUUUGCACUGAGCAUGCUAACAGUGCUCACUGGUUUACUGAUAUAACACUGACAAAGCGGGACGAUUGUUGGCAAUAUUCGGCACGUUUUCGCUGAAAAACAAUCAAGCGGCUUAUCAAUGAGAUUGAGAUCUAAUGUCUUUAAGUGGCGUCUUAAUUGAUUUGACUUCCAACUGUCCGCUAUAAUCAUUUUUAGACACAGUAAACAGUGGUUUUCCUCAUCUACCAGUAACUCCCACUGUAUUAAAAGUCAAAGCCAAAAGGCAAACGGCCCGAAAAAAGCGCAUUCUCGGUGGCCGAGGGAGAACCGUAGGUGAGGGCGGUCGUUGUGACGAUCCCAAGCCGAAAAUGGCACUUCUCAGGCGGACACCUGAGAACCGGAGAAGACGGUGGGUAGCUGCGUGAGUCCGGCCGAAAAACGGCUUUCGAAAACAGCGCACAACUCUUCAUAUCUCUUCUGUCCUCUUGCUUAGUUCAAAAAUACUUCGUGCACUCUGAAAAUGAGAGCGCCACUGCCACCCACUGAGUGGAUGUGCAAGUACACUUUAUUCUAGUACGGCAAAAAAAAAAAAAAAAAAGCAUGUUCCCCGAGGUCGCAUGCGCCUCCCCUGGCAUCGCUCUGCGCCCCCCCCCACUACUUGAGAAGUACUGACCUACAGAGAGCUGGGACCACAGUAACAAAGGCUACUAUCAGUAACACAAUGCGCCGCCAGGGACUCAAAUCCUCCACUGCCAGAUGUGUCCCCCUGCUGAAGCCAGUACACGUCCAGGACCGUCUGCGGUUCGCUAGACAGCAUUUGGAUGAUCCAGAAGAGGACUGGGAGAAUGUAUUAUGGUCAGAUGAAACCAAAAUGGAACAUUUUGGUAGAAACACAGGUUCUCGUGUUUGGAGGAGAAAGAAUACUGAAUUGCAUCCGAAGAACGCCAUUCUCACUGUGAAGCAUGGGGGUGGAAACAUCAUGCUUUGGGGCUGUUUUUUUGCAGAGGGACUAGGACGACUGAUCUGUGUAAAGGAAAGAAUGAAUGGGGCCAUGUAUCGAGAGACUUUGAGUGAAAAUCUCCUUCCAUCAGAAAAGGCAUUGAAGAUGAGACGUGGCUGGGUCUUUCAGCAUGACAAUGAUCCCAAACACACACCCAGGGCAACAAAGGAGUGGCUUCGUAAGAAGCAUUUCAAGGUCCUGGAGUGGCCUAGCCAGUCUCCAGAUCUCAACCCCAUAGAAAAUCUGUGGAGGGAGUUGAAUGUCCGUGUUGCCCAACGACAGCCCCAAAACAUCACUGCUCUAGAGGAGAUCUGCAUGGAGGAUUGGGCCAAAACACCAGCAACAGUGUGUGAAAAGCUUGUGAAGAGUUACAGGAAACGUUUGGCCUCAGUUAUUGCCAACAAAGGGUACAUAACAAAGUAUUGAGAUGAACUUUUGGUAUUGACCAAAUACUUAUUUUCCACCAUGAUUUGCAAAUAAAUCCUUUAAAAAUCAAACAAUGUGAUGUUCUGUUUUUUUUUUCACAUUCUGUCUCUCAUGGUUGAGGUUUACCCAUGUUGAC